AUGCCUCCAACUGUGAGACAAGGCAUACGGACCGUGGGGACAUUGCGAGUCACCCGCCCGUCCAGCUAUGUUCUCUCGUCCCGAGAAUUUUCAGUUCUAAAUCGACCACCGCCCAACUACCCGGGCCACAUCCCCCUAACGACCAUUGAACGCGGAGCUCUUGCAGUCGGGUCGGCAAUUGGGUCUCUGCUAAACCCCAGGCGGGCGGAUCUAAUCGCAGCCCUAGGCGAGGCAACUGCCACUCCCUACUUCAUCUACCGCCUCCGUGACGCCAUGUUAUCCAACCCCACAGGCCGUCGCAUCCUCCGCGACAGACCCCGCAUAAGCUCCAAAACUCUCUCCGUCGAGUACCUCCGCAGUCUACCACCAAACAGCGUCGGGCGAACGUACGUAAACUGGUUAGACAGGGAGGGUGUCGGCCCUGACUCACGGGAGACGGUGCGCUACAUUGACGACGAAGAAUGUGCAUACGUCAUGCAGAGGUACAGAGAAUGCCACGAUUUUUACCACGCUGUCACCGGCCUGCCGAUCGUGGUUGAGGGGGAGGUUGCUCUCAAGACGUUUGAGUUUGCGAAUACGCUGCUGCCGAUGACGGGCCUGAGUAUGUUUGCCGUGAUGCGAUUGAAGCCUGAGGAGCGGGAGCGGUACUGGGAACUGCAUUUGCCGUGGGCGGUUCGGAGUGGGUUGGCUAGCAAGGAGGUUAUUAAUGUUUAUUGGGAGGAGGAGCUAGAGCGAGAUGUUAAUGAGUUAAGGGAGAAGUUGGGGAUUGAGAAGCCUCCUGAUUUGAGGGAGAUACGGAAGAUGAUGAGGAGGCAGAAGAAAGCGGCGGAAGCAGCAAGAGAAAAAUAUCAAAAUUGA